GGUAGCCUGGUGAAGAACAAGACAGGGCGGCAUUCUUGCCAGUGUCAUUCUCCAAUUACCUGCAACCGGAUUUUUAUUCCUUGCUUGAAACCAUAUGUUUGUCACUGCUCUGGAAAAAAGAGACGAUGAAAUAAUUCAGCCUGACCGACGGUUUAAAUGACUACGUUUUCCAGUAAAUGCUCUUGAACCCCUUGGGAAUUCUGCGAAGAUUCUAAUGAGGAAGCGACUCAGUAUCUGUGUAAAUGAAAGCUCUUUCUGAGGUGCCCGAUCGUGGUCGUGGUCCACAGAGUUAGUUAGAGGCGCUCCUCUCCCCUCCUCUUGUUGCCCUCCUCCCACCACCCCACCCCCCAAUCCCACCUCAUCCAUGUGGUCGCAGAAGAGGAAGGUGCUUAUGGUCAUGGUCACCCUGGGGCUGGUGGCAGCUCUGAUCCGCUCCUGGACGCCGCGGCCGUACACGUCCGUGGACGUGAGGCCCAAGCAGGAGACCAAGAUGGAGAAGUUGCUGGCGGACAGACUGGUCCUUUCAGAGCGCAAAUACGAUGACAUCCCGUACCGCGUCAAGGAGAGUGUGUUGGGUCUCCUGGCCCAUAACGGCUGUGUGUGUGAGGGGGAGACGAGGAGCAUCAACCUGCCCUACGCCAAUCUGCUGUUUCCUCGCGUGUCAGCGCAGAACCUUCACACGGUGUUCAAGGAGUCGGAGCUGGAUGAGGUGAAACGCCGUCGGGCUCAGGAAUACAACAGUUUCCAGAAGAGGUCCCAGACUGCUGCAGACCUGCUUAUUGUUGCUGAAGCAAAUAGCCCCCUGCAGUAUCCCACCCAAGGUGUAGAAGUCCGGCCCCUCAAGACCAUCCUGAUACCUGGGCUGGCCCUCAUACAGAAGACCAGAGAACGCUAUUCAGUGAAUUUUACAGCAACAAUGGGCACGUUUGAUAUUGCUGCAUUUGUGGAUGAGGUCGCCAUCAAAGGGGAGGGGGAGAUGCAGAUGACUUUGUCCAGCCGAUAUCUCUCCGCCUUGAACAGACAGCUCCAGUUCGUCACCUACACCAACACCCUGUUUCACCCCAACACCGCAGAUACAGUGCAGUUUGGGACUGAUGGCCACCAGUCUGUCUUCACGAUUAAAGUCCGUCAUGGCGUCACCCCUAAGCUCUAUAACCCAGGCCCCAAAGGAGAAUACAACAUGAGUGCCCUUGUCACCAUAGCGACAAAGACAUUUUUGCGUUAUGACAAACUUCAGGAUUUGAUUGACAGCAUACGGCAGUUCUACCCAACUAUCACCAUUGUGAUUGCUGACGACAAUGAGCAUCCCAAGCCAGUGACUGGCCCCUACAUUGAGCAUUAUAUCAUGCCAUUUGGAAAGGGAUGGUUUGCUGGACGUAAUCUGGCCGUGUCUCAGGUCACCACUAAGUACGUGCUGUGGGUGGACGAUGACUUCAUCUUCACUGCCAACACAAAACUGGAGAAGCUGGUGGACAUUCUGGAGAGCACCACCCUGGACCUGGUCGGGGGUGCAGUGAGAGAAGUGACCGGCUACAAGGCCUCCUACCGGCAGACCUUCUCCCUGGAUCAGGGUGGAGAGGACGGGGACUGCCUGCACAUACGCAGGGGCUUCCACCACCCCAUCAAGGGUUACCCCAACUGUGUGGUGGCGGAGGGGGUGGUCAACUUCUUCCUGGCACGUACGGACAAGGUCCAGCAAGUGGGCUUCGACCCUCGACUGGCUCGGGUGGCUCAUCUGGAAUUCUUUAUUGAUGGCCUUGGGAUUCUCCAUGUGGCCUCCUGCGAUGACGUCAUCGUGGACCACGCGUCCAAGAUCAAACUCCCGUGGGGACAGUCGGAGAGCGACAAGGCCUACUACAAGUUCCGCUAUCCGCCCUCCUCGUCGGACACGGUCCAGACCAGGAGCGAGCUGUUCUAUUUCAAGAACCGCUUCCAGUGUCUCACCCGCAACUGACCUCCUGUGCCCUCCCGUUCUGUUGCCCCGUCCCCCCGUGCCCCGUCCCCCCCCACCUCUCUGCCGUGAGCUGGCCCACACCCACCCUGUGCCUGUGUUGCCAAAGACGUCCAUCACAGUAUGUCCUAGGGAGGGUGGGGAGCCCUGGGGAUUUUUAAAAGGGAAAAAAAAGAGACCAUUCUAGUGUUCUAGGAGUCUACAGACAAUCUACAGCCAUGUUGAAUUAGUCAUCGAAGGCCCACAUCUUGACCUUAGUGCAGGUUUCACUAACUUUGAGCGACAGCGGUGGCACGAGAAAAAGACGUUUGAGUGACGUGCCUCUAUGCCUGGGCAUAACAUGCCCCCUCCUACAGCUUUUUUUGUGGUGGUUUGUCGGUGGACAGCUGUGCCAUUCCCACUGGGCCUCGGCCAUGGCGGCCGGCCCACCCCUCCACCCCUCCACCCCUCCACCCCCCAUCCCUCCGUUAACCUGGAGAGAACUGCUCACGUCACACUCCAACUCACGUCCAUUGCACCAGACAGUGACCGUAUCGCCCUCCGGCCGUGACGAAAGCUCCUGGUUGGGUCGGUCACCAAAGCUAUUAGUCCGUGUGUUUGCUCCAUGACUAUACGAUCCACAUUUCCUUUUGACAAUGGGAGACGCUAACACGAUGACCGCCCUCACCCCCCCCCCCCCCCCAGUCCUGUCCUCGUCGACCCUCCACCAUGCUCCCUUCUCCAGCGGCCCUUUACUGCUCGGAUCGUUCCUGUUUGAUUGACUUUUGAUUGAUUGGGAUGACAGAUUGAAGGACUGAUUGAUGUUGCAUGACCUGCCUGUGAAUAUGAUGGAGCGCCUGAACCCCUUAUGUCUGUCCAUCUGAUACUGCUGCACUGCCUCCAACCAAGAUUCCAGUGACCAAAGUGUCUUUGUACACGCAUAUUAGAACCCAAGGAGAAUGAUAGUAGCAUCGAUGCACUUUUUAGUCUUAGAAAUGAUGGGUUAUUUUUGGCUCUAAGGUCAACUUAAACGGGGCAUAUAAUUAUGGAGUAGUUAUUUAUUUACUUUUGAUUUGCCAUGAACGUAUUUUCGAAUGGAGGUAAUAGUUGUCUCAUGACAGAAUAGUCUUGGCCCAAAAUGUGACCAAAAUGUCAGAGUAUGUGGUGUGAAAUUGAUUUAACUUUGAGUUCAUAGCAAACAUCUGUGUAAUGUGACUAGGCUAGCGCAUGAGAUGAAGUUGAGAGCUUAGAAGCAUGACUUGAGUUCUUAAGUGGUCACAAGCACCUCCAGAUUUAGUGUUUGACUGUAGUGCCAAGAGGACGAGAAAAAAGUUUAUUUUUGUCCCUGGCCGUUGAGCGGGUGCUUCCAGAUUCAUUUCCUCAUUUCAGAGAAACGUGAGGUAUGUUUUCAGCACUUCAGUAUUGUGUCAUGAUGAGCCACUAUCCAGAAGUGGAAACGGUUUUUCAAUUUGUUCAGGAUUUAUCUCUUGGUUGUGCAGUAAGAUGAGCUCUGUCAUAUCUCCAUGUCUUGAUUUUCGCCUUAACUUUCACAUUUACUCCAGUAUAAGUCUCUCUCUCUCUCUCUCUCUCUCUCUCUAUUUCUUCCUUUCUUUCUCUCUCUCUCUCUGUCUCUCUCUCUCGGACUAAACUAGUAUUUGCAUUGCCUCACUUGCAAUUAACAUCUUUACCACAAGAUGGCAGUCAUACAUCAGGACUAAAUGGCCACAUACCACUUCACAGCUUCCCACCACAUCUCUCCUGAUUCAGUGGGACUAAAUUGGGAUGGGGGGUAACAAAGCCCCUUUUGUCAGGAUGUAUGUGAUUGUGAAAAUGGCGGUCAUGGUGGUCGAAACAGAAUAUACGACACAGACUCCUGUGUAAAAAUGUCGAGAUGUGACUGACAUACAGGUGUGGAGGUCUCAGGCCAGGUGCCAGUGAUGGGGUAGAUGUGAGCUUAGCGGGCGACUGAUUGCUUUUCGGUAAGGCUGCAUCCAUCCUAAUGAAAAGGGACCUGUAAUGUUUUUUUUUGUCUUACUCUUGAUUUUAAUGUCAGUCAUUUUGACAAAGACCUUUCUAGAGAGAUGUGUAAAUCUUUGUACCUUGUCUUUGCGGCAAUCUGAACUCCAGAAAGGUACAUAAAGGACAAGGUCUUUGACUUUACUGCAAACAGUAUUGUUGUUUUCAAUACUUUUGAAACAAACUGUUGUCAUUAAUAUUUCAUUAUGGAUCAACACAAUUGGGAAAUCGUGGUGAUUUUUUUUAAACUAUAUAAACUGGUAAACUGAAUUUAUAUUUGGAAUUUACCAAGUGCCUAUGCAGGAAAGUGCAACAACUGUUACUUUGGCUUGUGUGGAAUUCAUAGUCUGCAUAGAGAGAACUCUUUUUAGCAAUAGUGGACUAUUUUCAUUUUCCUUUAUUUUGAUUCUCAUUGUUGUUGUUGAUGUUGUACAUAUCAGACCUAUAUGUACCCGUAUGCCCAGUGUCAUACACCCUCGUGUAUCAUUUUGCUGUGUGUGUGUGUGUGCGCUUCGGAGGCUUUUUGCAUGGUUCACCUCUUCUAUUCAAGGAAAGCGAUUCUCUUGCACAUGCUUUGUACUGUUUAACGGCUGCUUAUGAGUCCCUCGUUUGGCUGCUCUGUCACACAUAAACUUUGUGUUUUUUGUUUUUUGUUCAAUAAUAGGGUCCUUGCCUUAUAUUCGCUUGAAAGAGGCGAAUGUUGGCAGGGCUUGACUCAGACGGGUCCUAAUAAGGAUUAGGAAGGCGUUGGCUGCUUGCGUUCUAGGGCGAGAGGGGGGGACUUGGGGAAGGAUAUCUGCAGGAUGCUGUAGACUGAAGCGUUUGGCCGGUCUUGUGUACCACUCCUUAAUUGGUAUGGGCUACUUUCCACCAUGCCAAUUAGCAAAGCACUCCUUGAGCUUUAAAAGCGUAUGCCCUGAGGAUGUAGUGUCUAGAGGUUUCUUUUGAAAUACACACUGGAUGAUAAGGAGAAAAGAUGGGUAUCCAACAUCAAGCAGGAAAAUAAUUAAUUUGGGUGCUUGUUUUAUGGCCUGCUUUUGAACUCGGCGUUGAUUUUUUUAUCAGGUCAAGGUAACAGUGGUGGUGGAUGUGGAGGAGGAACAGCAGAGGGCAGUGUGUGUCAGCGUGACGCUAUGUCUCCAUCGCCGCAACGCAGGGCCCACUCCACCGGUCACCUUCAGCUGCUCGCUGUCACUUUCGCUCUCAAAACAGAACACAUGUUGGUGGUUUUUUUCUCAGCAUGUGCUUCGUCGUCAGUGUUUACACAGAGUCCUCUCCUCACCUUUGUUCUCCAUGGCUUGAAUUAAUUUAAGUUCACCAAUCAAAAGUGCUGCUGAGAACCGAGAAGAGACUUAAAAGCAGUGUAAUCUAUGUCGUGUAUCCACAAUGCCAAAAUGGACAUGUUAUCAGUAAGGAUAAGAACAGCCUCCUUAUCAUCAAGGUGUAUUUUAAAUUAAUCUAAUGUUGAUGUCUUUUGCAGGGAUUAUAACACUGUAUUGUCACUCACUUGUAUGUACACUUACUGUCUUUCUACAUCUGACCAGAGCAAUGUAAAAUGUGUUUUCUUUCAAACUGUGUGGGGGUGCAUUUUGGGUAUUAUGGUGGGGGAUGGGAUAUGAGGGAACAGCAGCAUGUAUUACUUGCACUGAAUUUUUAGGAUGACCUUGAGCCAUAUGCACUGUGCUCUGGAAGCUUAUUUUUUAGUUAGUGAUGCCAAAUCUUUUUUUUUAAGAAAUGCUGCAUUGUCUGUGUGUCUUCAUGAUAAAGGAAAAAAACGACAAAACAAAAACGAUAGACCUUGGCUAUUGUAUCGAAGGUGUUUUUAUUUCCCAAGUCACUGUCUCAGCCUGCUGAAAAAGCAAACCUUUAAGUGUGUGGAGAUUGAUGGACCUGACUCCAGUAGGAGUGGCUGGCGGCUAUGGGAAACUGUGGCAGAAGUCUGUGAAGCGAGUUGCAUCCUUUAACCUUGACCUAGAACCCCUCUGAUGUGCAUUCCAUUCGUUUCGCAGGCUUCAGAUGCCGGUAACAUGAGAAAAAAAAACAACAAUGCACAUGCACCCAUCUAUGUCUGAUUAAAAUAAAAAAAAGGUUAAAUUCA